CCAACAUUUUGCUUUCAACGUACUUAAUGCAACAGCGAAUUGGUCGUCUAGCACUCAGCACUUUUUACUUCCGCAGCUACCAAAGCCUAAUUACAACUUCACUUGGUUGUCUUUGCCCUCCCUCCAUUUGCAGCAUUCGCGCGCAGUUUGCUUUCGACUUUCCGCAGCCACAACAACAGCGGCGCCAGUUUUGUAUUAGCUCAGCUAAUCCCAUAUUCCUGCAACACCAGUUGUUCUACCCGAGAAAUAUCCGCAGCAUGAAACAGCAUAGAGACAUCACUUCGUUCUUUGGAGGCAUGGCCAAGAAGGGCGUCAACAAGAGUAAUGUGAAGAAGCCGGAGACCGGUUCUCCAGGGGCGAGCAUGGAGCCGGCCUUGGAGCCAUCUGACAGCGAUGAUGUUUCGAUGGCUGAGGGCAAGGAGGAGGAGGAGAAAUCAGCCAGUUCGCCCAAGCAGGAUAGCACCAGGUCCAAGCGCCGGAUUGUUGAGUCAGACAGUGACACCGAGAUGACUGAGGUCAAGCCCGCAAAGACGAGCAGAUCGAACAAACCCACGAAGGCGGCGUCAGGUGGUAGCUCACCGAGCAAGAAGGCGGUCAAGAAAAAGCCCGCAGCUCAGAUGGGGCUGAUUGCGACCAAGGAUGGUGAAAUGGUGCCGUUUUCGGAGCUAUGCAAGGUCCUGGAAGCGAUCGAGGCGGUCUCGGGCAGGCUUGAGAUUACGGCCAAGCUGAGGGACUUUUUGAUCCAAGUCAUGGCCGCCGGCGAAGAGCAGCUUUCUCACGUGGUUAUGCUCUGUAUGGCGAAGGUCGCCCCAGACUAUGAAGGCAUCGAGCUUGGCAUCGGCGAAUCGAUUCUGCUCAAGGCCAUUGCCACGGCGACAGGGCGGCAGCUGCCCAAAGUGAAGGAGGACCACAGGAAGCUUGGUGAUCUGGGUGCGGUUGUCGUGGCUAGCAAGUCCAACCAGCGGCUCAUGUUCAAGCCAAAGCCGCUGACGGUAACCAAGGUGUUCACGUCGUUCAAGGAGAUUGCCAUGACCAGUGGUGCCAAUACUGUGCAGAAGAAACAGAGCCAGAUCGCCGGUCUGCUGGCGUCGUGCUCCGACAUUGAGGGCAAGUUCCUGAUCCGGUCGCUCGAAGGAAAGCUUCGCAUUGGUCUUGCCGAGAGCACGGUGCAAACUGCGCUGGCGCAGGCGGCCCUCAUUUACGAAGAAGGCGAGGACGCGGACUUGACGCCCAGCGAUUUCCAGAAAGCGACCGAAAGCCUGAAGCAGGUGCUCAGCGAGUACCCUGUGUACAGCUCUGUGAUCUCGGCGAUGUACAAGCAUGGGAUGAGCAACGUGCAUAAGCACUGUAUGCUGACGCCGAUGCUCCCAGUGAAGCCGAUGCUGGCCAAGAUCGAGAAGGAUGCCAGCGACAUCCUGGGGCGGUUUGACGGGGUCGCGUUCACCUGCGAGUACAAGUACGAUGGCGAGCGUAGCCAGAUCCACUACUCGCAGGAGGCGGACUUGGGCCAGUGCAUGAUCUAUAGCCGGAACUCGGAGAACAACACCAACAAGUACAUGGACAUUGCGGGAUCUGCCAAGGAGUUUGCCAAUGCGGGCGUCACGUCGUUCAUCCUGGACUGCGAGGCCGUGGGGUGGGAUCUGGAGACCGGCAAGAUUCUGUCGUUCCAGACGCUCAGCUCGCGCAAGCGCAAGGUGGCCGACGAGUCGGAGAUCAAGGUCCGCGUGUGCUGCUUCGUGUUUGAUUUGCUCUACCUGAACGGCGAGGCCCUGAUCCAGCAGCCGCUAAGGCGACGCCGCGAGCUGCUGCUGCUGCACUUUACGCCCGUGGAAAACAAGUUCCAGUUUGCUGUGUCCAAGGACUGCUCGGCGGUUGAAGACAUGCAGGAAUUCCUGGAGAAGAGCAUUGAAGAUAACUGCGAAGGCCUGAUGAUAAAAUCCCUUGACGGAAACUCUGCGACUUACGAACCGUCGAAGCGGUCGCUGAACUGGCUCAAGCUCAAGAAGGACUACGUGGACGGGCUGGGCGAUUCGCUCGAUUUGGUGGUGAUUGGUGCGUACUACGGCAAGGGCAAGCGUGUGGGUGCGUACGGCGCGUACCUCCUGGCGUGCUACGAUCCAGAGCGCGAGGAGUACCAGACCAUCUGCAAGAUUGGGACCGGGUUCAGCGACGCGGACCUAGAGGCACAUAAGGCGCAGCUGGACCAGAACCGGAUCGAAGCGCCAAAGUCGUACUAUGCGUUUUCGGAUAAAACGAAGCCAGACGUGUGGUUCGAGCCGGCGCAGGUGUGGGAGGUGAAGGCAGCCGAUCUGUCGCUGUCGCCGAUCUACCAGGCAGCAUAUGGCGAGAUCAGCGAGAGCAAGGGCAUUUCGCUGCGCUUCCCGCGAUUCCUCAGAGUGCGCGAGGACAAGGGCCCUGACGCAGCCACGUCGAGCUCUCAGGUAAGUUGUUUGCUAUUUUUGCCCAGUGUGGCAUGUGGGUUGGGUUGUUUCGGGAAGACGGCAGCAUUCAUUUCUGAGCACCGCGCAUGGCUUCGCGAUUGUCUGAGAAAUUCUGUUCAGUUUGUUCGUGAGGCUGCCGUCUCGCGGCAUUGUCUGGUGGCCGCUGUCAAUCACGAUGGCAGCAGCUGGGUCAGAUGUGCACUGUGCCCGUUAUCCCUAACACCGUCCGCUAACCCGCAGCCAGCCCGAAAUGCAUCCCUCCCUCAUUUGUAGGUUGCCGAAAUGUACGAGAACCAGAAGAUCAACG